ACCUAACGUUAUAUUUUGCUUUCUUUUUAUUACCAUGGUUUCUCAUACUUUAAACAACUAUAUAAUAUUCCAUUCUAUAAAUUUGCCAUAAUUUAUUUAACCAGUCCACCGCUGAUAGGCAGUUUGUCUUUAGUCUUUUGCUACUGUGAUAGGGUGAGUAAAAACAUGUCAACAGCUUAAUCCCCUGAACCUGUGAAUGUGUCCCCUUUCAUGGCCAAAUGGGUUCUGCAGCUGUGAUUAAGUUAAGGGUGGUGAAAAGGGGAGAGUAGCCUGUAUUAUCCAGGUGGCUCCCAUGUAACCAAUCACAAGAGUCCUUUUUUUUAAAAGGGAGGCAGGAGCUUUAGAGUCAGGAUGAAGGUGUGAGCGGCGCUUCGGGUGAUAGAAGGUUGGAACCAGAGAAUGUGGGUAUCCCCCAGAAGCUGGAACAGGCUCGGAAAUGUACUCUCCCCUAGAACCUCCGGAAAGAAUAAGCCUUUGAUUUUAGCUGGGCGAGACCCAUUGUGGACUUCUGGCCUCCAGAACUGUAAGGGGUACAACAGGAUGAAGCCUUUUAAGAGAAACCCGUGACUUCCGUCCUCUUGCCAUCCUGAAUCGGUGGCAGUUAAUACCCCACGAAGACUCUGAAGAUAGACUGGCGCUUCUCCAUCCUUUUCUGAUCGCGUGUGCCCGCUUUCUGAUGGGCUCUUAUUCCCCACGAGACCUAACCAAAUCACACCAUCCUCAAAGCCUCAUCCACCUGUUGUGGGCAGAGUGACUCAUCACAGCAUUGAAUUAUACUGGGAUCUGGAAAAGAGAGCAAAACGGCAGGGACCUCAAGAGCAAUGGUUCAGGUUCUCGAUCGAGGAAGAAGACCCCAAAACGCACGCUUACGGGGAUAUGCAACAAAGCAUGUUGUGGAGGGUCUGGAACCACGCACGCUGUACAGAUUUCGGCUGAAGGUCACCAGCCCCUCUGGAGAAUAUGAAUACAGCCCGGUGGUCUCGGUAUCUACGACCAGAGAACCCAUAAGUAAUGAGCACUUUCAUCGAGCUGUCAGUGUGAAUGAUGAAGAUUUGCUGGUUCGAAUACUUCAAGGAGGAAACGUUAAGGUGGAUGUUCCCAAUAAGUUUGGCUUUACCGCCCUGAUGGUCGCUGCCCAGAAAGGAUAUACCAGGCUUGUGAAAAUCCUCGUUUCUAAUGGCACGGAUGUGAAUCUGAAGAACGGGAGUGGCAAGGACAGUCUGAUGCUUGCGUGCUAUGCAGGACACCUGGAUGUGGUGAAAUAUCUCCGAAGACACGGUGCUUCUUGGGAGACCAGAGACCUAGGAGGCUGUACGGCUCUGCACUGGGCCGCGGAUGGAGGCCACUGCAACGUGAUCGAGUGGAUGAUAAAAGAUGGCUGUGAGGUAGACGCUGCGGACACGGGCUCGGGAUGGACCCCGCUCAUGAGGGUGUCUGCGGUCUCAGGAAACCAGAGGGUAGCCUCUCUGCUGAUCGAAGCGGGAGCGGACGUGAACAUGAAGGAUAAAGACGGAAAGACCCCUCUAAUGGUGGCCGUGUUGAAUAAUCACGAGGAGUUAGUCCAGUUACUUCUUGACAAAGGGGCAGACGCAAGUGUAAAAAAUGAGUUCGGCAAAGGUGUCCUAGAAAUGGCCAGAGUUUUUGACAGACAGGUUGGGAUGCUCUUGAACGUGGUCUCCUUAUUAGAAGAAAGGAAAAGAAAACAAAUGGCGAAGAAGCCCUCUGUCUGCUGAGCCGGGCCCCACUUAGCCCGACAGCCCCGGGGAAACAACGUCCCACGUUUGACUAUUUGAUUUUAUUUCUUUGAUUGGUUUGAUUUUUUUUUUAUUUGAUUAUUUAUUUUCGUUGAAGGUUCACCGUGACUUUUGUAACGUACAACUGUUUCCGACUUUGAAAUACAUCUUUUUACCUACGCA